CUCCUCCUCCUUUGCUCUGCUGGGCUGGGCGCCGCUUCCCUCCCGCUCGGAGUCGGGGGCUCGGUCUGCCAAGGCGAAGAUGGCGACGGAGGGGACCGGCGGAGAGCCCGGCUCCAGCGGGCGAGGAGAGCCGGCGGCCGCGAAAAGAGAGUUUGAUGUGGACAGCCUCAGCAAAGCAGAACUGAGGAUGCUUCUGAGUGUUCUAGAAGGGGAGCUGGAAGCACGAGAUCUUGUGAUUGAAGCUUUGCGGGCACGGCGGAAGGAGGUUUUCAUCCAGGAGCGGUAUGGGAGAUUUAAUCUUAGUGACCCAUUUCUGGCAUUGCAGAGAGACUAUGAGACAGGUGCUGGUGAUAAAGACAAGAAGUCCAUCUGUACCAACCCACUCUCUAUUUUGGAAGCUGUUAUGGCUCACUGCAGAAAGAUGCAAGAGAGAAUGGCAGCUCAGUUGAUUGCCGCAGAAAACAGACAAAAGAAGUUGGAAAUGGAGAAAUGCCAGUUAGAAGCGCUUGAAAUGGAGCACAAGAAGCUCUGUACUCGUCUUGAGGAGGAGCGUGGCAAGAAUAAACAUGUCGUAUUGAUGCUAGUGAAAGAAUGUAAACAGUUGUCUAGCAGAAUUGUAGAGGAGGCCCAGAAGUUGGAAGACGUCAUGGCCAAGUUUGAAGAGGAAAAGAAAAAAGCCAGUGACCUGGAGGAAUCCCUUGCAGUGGAGAAACAACGGAGCACGCAAAUGGAGGCCCAAAUGGAGAAACAGCUUUCUGAGUUUGACACAGAAAGAGAGCAACUGCAUAUCAGGCUGGGCAAGGAGGAAGCACACACCAAUGAUCUCAAAGAAGAGAGGGAGAGAAUGAGGAAAAUGAUCGAACAGCUGAAAAAGGAAAAUGAGAAUAAGUCACACGUUUCACUCCCACGUCGGAACAAAGACAGAGGUUCUGUUUCUGUCUCUGUUGGGACAGAAGGACCCACUUUGAGAACACUCGCUUGCCAGACAGAUACGACAUUAAUAGAUGUUGGAACAGAAACCGUUAGGAAGUUGCCUUUAACUGUACCUCUAAAGCCUUCAGCUAUCAGUCCUUUGCUGUCUGGCCAGGCAAAGAUGAAUGUAAGCUCCAAUGCAGGAUUUGUAAAGCCAACCAUUGACCGGCAUUCCUCCUGUAGUGAUCUGCUUCUGUCUCCUUCCACACACCUUCUGACUCAAAAUCAAAGUAGAAUUGAGGAGAACGGACCAAGUACAUCUCCUGAGUUCACAAGCCUGCCUUCCCCUUUUCCAAACAAUACUGCAUCUUCACCAGCGCCCAGCAUAACACCCCAGACCUACUUGCAAGCUUCAUCUAUGCACCCUCCACAAUCUCCAUCCACCAGUGCUACCGGGCAUCAAGGUCUGAAUCCACGUGUCCAAGCAGCUAGGUUUAGGUUUCAGACGAAUGCUAACGAUCAAGACCAAAAUGGAAACACUACCCAAAGCCCUCCGUCGAGAGAUGUGUCACCCACAAGUCGAGACAAUCUAGUGGCCAAGCAGCUAGCGCGGAAUACUGUUACCCAGGUCCUUUCAAGAUUUACAAGUCCUCAGGGCACUGCACCUGGACGGCCAGGAAUGUCACAGUCAAUGGACGCGGGCACUUAUCCUCCCCCAGUUGGUAGAAUGAGCUUAAAGACUCCCAGUGUGUCAAGGAUUGAUAGAGGAAACCCUCCACCCAUUCCGCCCAAAAAACCAGGCCUUUCACAAACUCCUUCUCCACCACACCCACAGCUUAAAGUAAUUAUGGAUAGUGGUCGCUCCCCCAAUGUAGGUGCCAAAACUGAGGGCAAAACCCUAGUUUCACCUCCUUCCAGUUCACCUCAAGGAAUCAGGGUUAUAAAUGAGGAGGCUAUUUCUAAGUCCUCACCUCAGCUGCCACCAAAACCAACAAUAGAUAUAUCUGUGGCAUCUGCAGGCUGUGCCAUACCAGCCAUGGCCACAUCUCAGGUGGGUGCCUGGCCUUCCCAAUCCCCUGGACUGAGCCAACCUGCAUGUUCAGAAAGUUCCUUUGUCAUUCCCACCACCAUUGCCUGUAGCUCCUCCAUAAACCCUAAUAGUGCUUCAUCCUGUAGACCAUGUGAUUCAGACAGCCUACUGGUAACAGCAUCAGGCUGGUCUCCCUCCCUAACCCCUUUAUUAAUGAGCGGUGGUCCUGCCCCCCUGGGUGGCAGGCCCACCCUUCUUCACCAAGCUGCUGCCCAGGGAAAUGUCACUUUAUUGUCAAUGCUGCUUAAUGAAGAAGGUUUGGACAUUAACGAAUCCUGUGAAGAUGGCUAUUCUGCCUUGUAUUCUGCUGCUAUGAAUGGACAUACAGAUUGUGUAAGAUUGCUGCUGACUUCAAAAGCACAAGUUGAUCCAGUUGAUAAAAAUGGCUUUACACCCUUGUGUUCAGCAGUUGCUCAGGGACACUGCAAAUGUGCAGAAUUAUUAAUCAAGUACCAUGCUGACGUUAAUCAUGCUGCUGAAAGGGGAGAGACACCUCUCUUCUUGGCCUGUGGAAAUGGAAAUAAUGAAUGUGUCAAACUCUUGCUGGAAGCUGGGGCAGACAGGAGUGCAAAAACCUGUGAUGGCUGGACACCAUUUCAUGCUGCUGUAGAUGCUGAUAAUGUCGACUGUUUAAGAUAUCUUAUGUGCUGUGGAAAGCCAGAAUAUGGAAAUGUCACGAGUGAUGGAGAGGCUAAUUCUUACAUCUUUGACAUGGAGUGUGAUGGAGACAGCUUUAACCACAAAGCAAGGACCAUGGUUUCUGCAGAUCUCAUCAACCAUGCUGACAAAGAGGGCUGGACUGCAGCCCAUAUAGCAGCUUCAAAAGGUUUUAAGAGCUGCCUAGAAGUCUUGUGUAGCCACGGGGGACUGGAGGCCGAGAGGAAAGACAGAUGCAACCGAACAGUGCAUGACGUUGCUACUGACGACUGCAAGCAUCUUCUAGAAAAUCUGAAUGCUCUCAAAAUGCCAUUGCGGAUUGCAGUUAGCCAGGUAGAACCAGCCUACUCUGCAACAGAGGAUCACGAAAUGGAAAAUACCAUAUGUGUGUUAAACAUCCGAAAGCAGACAACCUGGGAUGAUUUUUCAAAAGCAGUGAGUCAGGCGGUGACAAACCAUUUCCAAGCAAUCGCCUCUGAUGAAUGGAGAAGCCUAGAAGACUUGACACUUAAUAGCACCACAGAAUCUAGCAUCGGCCUCACUGCAAACAGUAUAUUAUCCAUCAAACUUGGCAAUAUUUCAUGGUCAGUGGGUCAGACAUUUCCCCAACUACCCUGGGAGUUUUUGAAAAGGAACCAGGUGGAACAUAUAGUCAUAUAUUUGCUUGGUCCCCCAGAAGGCUGUCUGCACAGUGUGAGUUAUGCAUCCACAAUCCGUCUUCAGACAUUGCAAAAUUAUCUCAGGCUGGUGGAACAGUACCGAAAUAUCAUCUUCCAUGGUCCAGAAGGAAGUUUGCAGGAUUAUGUGGCAGAUCAGAUCGCCCUCUGUAUGAAGCAUAAGCAAAUGGCUGCUGGAUUCUGCUGUGAAAUAGUUAAAGUGAAGAUAGAUGCCGAUUUCUCCAAGGAGCAACUUGCAGAAUUAUUCAUCAAUAGUGCUUGCUUGAUCCCAGUGAAACAGCCUUCUGUAAGCGACAGAAUCAUUGUAAUUUUAGAAGAUUUGGAAAAAGCUUCAUUAUCUGAAUUACUGGGAGAGUUUCUUCAACCACUUGAAAACCGUGGCUCUGAUAAUCCCUGCACUGUAAAGAAAGUCAAUGGUGUAUCUGAUACUUAUUACUUUCAUGAAAACUGCUUUCUUUUGGGGACCAUUGCAAAAUCUCGGCUUCAAGGCUCUGACCUGAUGGUUCAGCAACAUUUCCUCUGGGUUCAGCUAAGAUGGGAUGGAGAGCCAACCCAUGGCCUUCUACAACGAUUCUUACGCAGGAAGGUAUUAAGUAAGUUCAGAGGAAAGAUGCCUCCUCCAUGUGAUCCAGUGUGCAAGAUGGUGGAGUGGAUUCUUGUGGUGUGGCACCAGCUGAAUUCAUGCUUGUCACGUCUCGGUGCCCCUGAAGCACUUGUGGGACCAAAGCACUUCAUGUCUUGUCCAGUGGUGCCUGGCCACAGCCAUGCAACUGUGAAGUGGAUGUCCAAAUUAUGGAAUGCUAUCAUUGCUCCACGAGUUCAAGAAGCAAUUCUCUCCAGAGCCUCUCUAAAAAGACCAUCUACACUGGGACAGUUGGCAGUCAAGAAAAGUCCAAGCCAAGGGCAACAGGCUGUAGUAAAAGCGGCACUCAGCAUUCUCCUAAAUAAAGCUGUGUUGCAUGGAUGUCCUCUUCCCAGAGCAGAACUGGAUCAGUACAUUGCUGAUUUUAAAGGAGGGAACUUUCCCCUUUCCAUGGUAUCAACCUACAAGAAUGGCCCCAAGAAAAGAGGCGAAGGCAUUGCUUGGAGAAAAGUGAGCACAAGUCCUCGGAAGAAGUCAGGAAAUUCAUCAUCCCAGUCGUGGAGUAAAAAAGACGAAAACAUAGAAGGUGUUAAGACAAAGAACAUAUUGCAGGAAAAUGGCAACAGAAUAGCUUCUCUAACAAAAAAAAAUACAGAAGAUGAUCCGCUAAGUGUGUUAAACCUGGAACAGAAGCUAUCCCUUGGUUCUGAUGAUGAAGUAGACCUUGUGCAGGAACUUCAGAGUAUUUGUUUAAGUAAAUCAGAAUCUGACAUAAGCAAGAUAGUUGAUUCCAAGGAUGAUCUGAUGAAGAUGAUCAGUACUUCUCAGAAGGAUCCUGUGCUUUCAGCCAACAUCAUUAAUGCAAAUACAUCAGCAUCACAGCAGGAUGGGAAUCCUGGGAUCUGUCUUCGCAGCAGCAGUCAAACCGUGGAAUUCAGCAACAGUAAACCAAAAACUGAGUCUGUGAAGAGUGGUGUUUCUAGAGCGAAAUCGUUUCUUCCUGUGCCCAAAAAUAAAGUCAGCCAGUCUUCUCAGAACACUAAACGAAGCAGCAGCAAUACAAGGCAAAUAGAGGCAGUCAAUGACUCAAAAGAAGAAAUUUGGAACAUGCACAAAAAAAUACAGCUUGAAAAUACUAAUAAAAUAUACCCAUCUUAAAAUAUACCCUUUCUUAUCCCCCAUCCCUACCCUGGUCUUUGCAUAAUCCAUUAUCCAGAAGGUCACACUCAUUCCCAAGUGUAAAUAGUUUUUAAAUGACUUUCUCAGUUAUAAUGUAUCUAUGGGACCACAGUUUAAUUUCUAUGUAAAUAAACUGUUUAUAAUGAAAAUAUUAGAUUAUAUUGACCUUUAGGAGUGAAAGGUGAUCUCUUCAUAAAUGAUUUUCUAAUUUGAAAAAAUGUUUUAUUGUUUGAUUAUAUUCAGGGGUAUCACUACAGAAACUAUGUGUGCACAUGCACACUUGUGUAAAUAAAUAUUAAAUAUCUUGGACUUUAUUAAGAGGUACAUGUGUACAAAAGAGCUGGUAUUACAUAUGGUGCAUCCAUGGAGACAUAUGUUCUCCCUUGAGGUAAGAAGCAGAUAGCCAGUUUGGAAGGCUGUCUGUACCAUAUUGUCAAUGUGGCCAUUUCAACAUUUGCAUCACCUUAUAUACUCAGAGACUAAUCUAACGUGGGAUUCCCAUAUAGCAGGAUUUUCUGUCAGUUCCUGCAUGUGGAAAAUAAAGCAGUGAAUCUGCUUUUAUUUCCUGUGCACCAUGAGACCUUGCAAGGUGUUGCUCAUGUGAAAAUUAUAUUCUGUGUGUGUAACACAUCCUUGCUACCAGCAAAACAGGAUCUCUGAAUCGGGACAUUAAAUGUUCUAUAGUUACAUGCUGAGUUUCCUGUGUUAUAUUUCAUACAUUAGGUUGCACAGUUCUGUACAGUACUGGCUUAAAAACUAAAAUACAUGCCUUUAUAAAAGCAAACAUAUAUAUUGUAUAUAUAUACAUAUAUAUAGUCUAUGUUCACUUUCUGAAAAGUGAAUGGAAUGUGGCAAUAACGGGGAAAAUUGGGAAUAUCUGCCCAGUUACUUUCAAUUAUGAACUGUAUUAAAUAUUUCCAUCGCCCAUGUUAUUGGGUAGUUUGGUUUAUUUCUUCUCUUUUGUUGCUUCUGUUUUGCAUUCCAGUUUAGGUAUGAGUUAAUGAUUUGUGCAGAGUAUCUUUUUCUGUUUUUUAAAAGAGGAAACAAACUCCAGAGCCAUCAUAAUAAGCAAUCUGUGGUUAUUUGCCUGAUAGCAUUUUUGGUGGGGUUACAUGAUAAAGAACAUCUCUAAUUACAUAAAUUAUUGUAUAUACUAUAGAAACUUUUCCCCACUUUUCACACACACAUACACACACGUUGCUUUACACUGAAAUAUUGUAAGGCUUAUUUACACUGUAGUUUAUCAGGCAAAAAGGAGCAGCAAUAACCUGUGGAGACAGAGAUGCCCAUAUAAUAUAUGUAUUGGCCUCAUCAGUGUGCUAUAACCUUUUAAAUGGUACUCAUAUGGGAAAAGGGAGUGUUCCUCUUCCUUGUUCUUUUCCUUAAUGGAAAAUCUACCAAUUCAGUAUUUCUAUUAGACACAGCUGAUAUGGAUGUCCGUCAUAUCUUCUGUUGCAGAGCUGUGACACCUUUAUAACAUAUAGACACAGAUUCCUUAAGAAAGGGCUCCAUGCCCACCUGGUGAAUUAUUGAACAUUUUGCUACAACAGUCCUAUUCAAACCAACAUCUUUGUGAGGAAAUUUGUAAGAAUAAAGAUAGCAUUUGCAUUACAUGUUCUCUUGGAAUUUCACCUUUCAUGCCAAUAAUAAAACCUUUUUGUACUGAAA